AACUGGAUGUCAGUGUGAUGCUCUAGGAAGCAGCUUUCUCUCUGUCCUUCUGUUUCUUAUAGUUUUGCAGUCUCUUUAACCUUAAUCCAUCAUGCUGCUCCGAGCUCUGCUGCAGACUUCACUGGUGCUCUGGCUGGCCAAGCAAACUCUGCAAGGAGGAGUUAGGCCUCAAAAUGUGGCCUAUGGGAGGGCCCUGCCAGCUCGAGGUGUUGGUAUUGGAGUUAAACCUGGAGUUACCGGAGCCCUUGGAGCAGUAGGAAACCGAUAUGGUACAAAAGCAAUGAAGACUGGGAUUGGUCGUUAUCCUGGGGCCCACCUUGGUGUUGGAAGCUACAGAUCUCUUGGAUUAGGAGGAAGAGGAGGCCUGAGGCCCGGUGGAUAUGGAGCCCAUGGAGGCUAUGGUGCCAGUUUGGGAACUGGAAUGGGUCUGGGUGCAGGACUUUCAAAUGGACUCGGCUUAGGCCUGGGUCAGGGAGGAAAACGUGGUGAGAUCAGACAAAGUUACUUACUGGAAAAAAAAUGACACAAAAAUCAUCAACUAGUUGAUAA